AUGGAAACGUAUUGCAUUUUCGAUGUCACAAAAGGCAUCAGUCUGCAGAUUUCUCUGAAUGUAAGUCUCUCAUCAGUUUUUUCCUCUCAACAAAUACAUUUUUGCAGAUCAAUACUACCACGGUAGCAAAAUUGAACGGCAUCCUGGAUGCUGAAACCGGAUUGAGAGCUUCGGAUCAGGUUAAUAUCAAAGAUCAUGAUCAUCAAAAUAGGUUUACAAGUUUCAGAUCUUGUUGACAUCCAAAGGAGUUGCUUUUGAUCCCGAUAAAAAACUUGAUUUUUACACUGGAACAGGUGGGAAGAAAACAAUUUUUCAUUUAUUCCAAUUUUUUGGGAUUUCAGGAACACAAAGCAAUCCAGCUUUUUUGUACCAGAAAACUCCGCGAGAACGCGACCGGAAUGAGAGUUCAAAUGAUUUGAAUUAUAUUUUGCACAGAAUCGAUGAUGCAGUGGUUCAGGUGAAUUUUUUUAAAGGUUUUUUUAUAAACAGAAAGAGCUACAGAACAUUUGAAAAUUUAUGAAAAACCCCUUUUUUUGUACUGCAAACAUUUUUUAAACAAACCUAUUGUUCAAAACAGUAAAUUUUUUUCAUUUUUCAGGCCACUAACUGUUUGAAUAAAACUGAGCUCGCUCAUAUAUAUAUCGAACUGCCGGAAGCCGGUCGUUACUGUGCGAAUCAGGCAACUCAAGCCAUCCAAGCUUGCAUGAGAUUCGUUCGAGAACAUCAGUUUCUUUGCUCGGUUUGUUUUUGCUUCAUAUAAAAAAAAUUCAUUCAAUAAUUAAAUUACAGAAAUAAGUCCCAGCCAGAAAUGAAACGAAAUAAAAAUUUUUGCUUUCUAUUUCUUUGUAUGGGAUUUGAUCUUUUAGAAAUUUUUCUGAUCUGCGUUUUUCUUUUUUUGCUAGAGGAAGAAAAAUUUCUUCACAAGAUAGUUAUGACUAAAAAAACCGCCUUCGUCUUUUUUUCUGAUGGAACUGUAUUUAAAAGGGUCUUCUUUGAAAGGAUCUUCCUGUUACACAAAGCUGAUUUCUAAAUUUUUCUUAAAAUUGUUUGUAGCCCGAAAAAAGAAUAAUCAAAUUUCGGAAAUUUAAAAUUUAGACUCCUAUGAGAAUAAUCUAUCAACCAGUAAAUUUUUUUGCUCUAAAUUAAAGUCUAAACUUCAUUUCAAAACAAUUUUUGCUCACUGUUAGAAAAAUUCUCUUCAGGGCUGGAAUGCGUUGAUAGCGAAUAUGGACGAUUCCGUGGGUAGACUUCAAAAACUGGGCGUUCGGUACAAGGCGCACGUCGACCAGAUUCCGGAAAUGAACAGGAAGGCCGCCACUCUUCUGGACAACUUCGAAGAUGUCGUUGACCAACUGAUUAAAGUGCGAAUCUUCCUAAAUACGCUCGAAAAAGUUUUUUUGAUUUUAGAUUGAGCUUCCUCCCGAACUUCUGUCUAAUCUGCGCCGAAGUUCUAAAGACAGCCCACCUAUUUCCACUUUGUACGACUGGAUUUCUCAAGCCGAUCCGGCAAAUACUGUUGAAGAUUUGGUUUCACAAGUUCGCGACCUCUUCGGAAAGGUUUGUUUGAAAAUAAGAAAACAGAAAAAAAGAUAAAUGAAAAAUUAUAUUUUUUUGGACUGAGCUGAAAAAAAUCAAACUGUCUGAAGAAAUGAUGAAAAAAAAAGCCAAACAUGUCAUUUUUUCUUCAUUACCCAAAUUAAGUUCAUUUCCAGUUCUCCGAGAUCAAGCCUCAAAACGCCAUCGACGUCAUGAACCAAGUCGUCAACCAAUCAAAAAACUCCGAAUUUCGAGACGUCAAAGGCAUAAACAAGCGGAUAAACCAGCUCGAAUUCAAUGUGCAAAAUAAUGAGAGUAAGAAUAUUACAAUAAUCUUUUUUAAGAAAGAAAAAAAAACAAGGUAAAUAUUAUAAUUUAAUUUAGGGCAUAUGAACAACAUCAAAAAGAACGUCAACAGAAUUUGUGAAACUCCGAGAAGCAUGGAUGCCAACAACUUGAGAGUAUGCCGUUCGUUUCGAAUUUUCAUCACCAAGUUCUUCAAUUUCAGAACAUCUUGGACAGAGACAAAUCUUGCAUGGUUGAUGUUCUUGACAGCAUCAAAGAAAUACGACAAACCACAGUUCUCUUCCACAGAUCCAAGCAGGAACUUCUUCAAAACAUACGAUCGCGUUUGGCUGGUUUUAUUGUGACGGUGAGUAUUUCAGUUUUUUCACUUUCAUACCAAAAUAAUCCUUCCAAACUUUCACGCAACAGAAUAUCUUUAUAGAUACUUUCCAUUAGAAAACAUAAAACCUAGAAAAAGAUGAUCAAAUCAAAAUUUUCCAGUCGUACGACAAACUGCACUAUGCUCACCUGGAAAUGUUGGUUUUCCAAGAAAAAUGCAACGGCCUUCGAUUGAGACUUGAGCUCAUAGAGCAGAUUAAGGUUUGUUGAAAGAUUUCUAUUUUUUCAAAUUUCCCUUGAUAAAACCUCAAAUUAUCUUGGAGCUUUCUUAUCUUCAAAAAUUGUAGGAGGCGCCAGCGGUUUAUGCUCGCUCUGUGGCCGAGGUCAUCAGACGGUUGACUUUCAAGAAAGAGUGAGUUGUUCUUUGAACAUUUUUGACUCAAGGCCAAAUUAAUUUCAUCAAGCCUCAAAAUAAAACUUCUCUUUAAAAAAGUGUACUAUUUUGAGACUGACUUCCUGGCACACUGAACACUCCGAAAAGAGCACCAACCUCUCGAACGAAGAAACAGAGCUGAGAAAAAGAUAUUCGCGAAAACUGGAGAAACACUUCAUACGAGCUCUCUUCCCGGGUAUUAUCUGAUUUCUCUCAUUUUUUUUAAUAUUUUUCUUUGCAGGCAUGUUUGAUGAAACUCCAGCUUUCUAUGUGAAAAAUUUGGGAGCGUUUGACGAAAACCUGCCUCAAGUUACCAACGAUCAUCUUCAUGAACUGCGACAGGUUGCGAGAAUUAUAUAAAAAAAUAUCAACUUGGUUUAUCAGGCUCUUCCGUCUUUUGAUGAGUUGAUGAAAGUGACGACUCCUCAGGUGUACUCCAAACUUGCUGUCAAGUGAGUUCUACAUUUUAGUUUACCGGAUCGGGGGGUUUUCAGAGACCCACAAGCCCAAGGAACUUUGCGUCGUGAGGAAAGUUUCUUCACCAAGGAUCCCGUUCAAAUGCACAAUUUGAACUCUAUUCACAAGGAAUUCGCCGCUGCAAAUUGGUUUGGGUAAGAAUGAUUUUGAGUCACAAACUUGAUUUCUUUUUUUACAGGGAAGAAGGAGCUUAUGGUUCUCCAGGUCCUGCUCUUCUGAUGACUCGGUCUCCUCAUUCUUACAGUGGAUCAGAGUCUUCCAUGAAAACGAUGCCUAUUGCCUCUUCACUUCAUAAUUUGGAAAGAAUGGUUUGUUGCAAAAUUAAAUAUUUGCAAAACAGAUGAAUUCUUCUAUAUCUUCCAAGAACUCAUGCUUUAACCUCAUCAAAAUAAAGAGGAAAACAUGAAAAAAAUUAUUUUAUUUCUGAAUUUUCAGCUGAACACUUUGAAAUUCAGUGGGAAAGCUGUAAUUUGUUAAAUUGAUAGGGCGAAGAAGAUAACGGAGACGACGAGCAUCUCAGUUGUUCCGUGGCUAAAAGUGCGCCAAUAGACAUUCCGCCUGGUCCAUCCCCCAGAGCCGUAUGAUUAGUUGAUGAAAAUCAUUUGUAAAAAUUUUUUCCAGUGCUCUUCGGGGAAAUCGAGCCAAUUCUCCACUCCAGACGACAGCUUUGGAAACAAUCACCUGGAGGAAGGAGUGAGAUUUUUACACAAUGACAAUUCAAAAAUUAUUUUUUCAGCAAUUCGCUGUCGAUGACGUCACCCGUUCUCAAUCCUUUGAGUUUCUGAAACCUUUGAAAUUGGAUGUUCUCACCAUAUCCAAGGCAAGUUCAAAAUUCCAUCUCAGAGCUGAUCAACAUAUUUGAAGGGCCUUCUUGAUAUUCGAGCCGACAUUGUGAACAGCAAUGACAAGUUCCGAGAGGAAUUCGAUCAAAUAUCAAAAUUCCUAUCGGAAGAGCUUCCCAAGGAAAUUAAGAUCAUCAACAAAGCUCACGAAGAGAAGCUGCUUCUGAAAAUGAAUGAAAUUGAAGUUGUUUCAAAAAUUCAAAAAGAAAAAAAAAUGAUUAAUAUUAGGAUCUCCAAAAGGAACUCAAAGAGUCGGAUGGCAAGCUGGCAGAAGCAAACGCUGAAGUCAGCCAGAUCAAGGAUGAAAUGGCUGCAAAUGAGAAAAUUUCUGAAGAAAAAAUUGAAGAGUAAGAUUUCUAAAAAAAAAGAGAAAAUUGGUUUUUUUUUUCAGGCUCAACGCGAAGGUUACUGGUCUUGAAAACGACAUCAAAACGGUGAAAGCGGACACUUUCAAGCAGCUGACAAUUGAGUACGAGUUGGUGACAGACAGGAAUCGUGGAGAAUACGAAGCAAUAAUUGAUGUUUGAAGCUAUCGAAAGUUUCAUGACAAUUAUGUAAAUUUCAGUCUCGAGACAAAGAAAUCCAAGGUCUCAACUAUGAUCUUGAGAAGAAAAAUCAAGAGAUCAAGCGUCUUCGAGCUGAUCCGCUCAGUGAAGAGUAUCGGAAGUGCAUCGGGGCAGAUAUACGUGCAGAGCUAGAAAGAGAAUUCAAAGUCCGUGAUUUUUUGACGUAACAGGGAAAAUGCAUUUUGACAGUGUUUUCUAAUAAUUCGAUCAUUCACAUAAUAUGGGAAAUUUAUGAUUCGUAAGCAUUUCAAAAUGCUAUGAGAUCGAAAUUAAUUGUUUUUCAUCCUUAUCAAGGAACAAAAUCAAAACUGUUUCCAGGCUCGGAUAGAGAUGAUAACAAAAGGAGUAGAACAGAAGAAAGAUGAGGCCAUCAUGCGUAACAAGAAAGAAAUGGAGUUUGAGACGCGACUUCUUCAAACUGAAAUCGAUAAUUUGGUAACACUAACAGAAUUGUUUUUUUUUUAAUUUCAAAAAGUUUUCAGAAACAAUCCGUCGCAAUGUUAACCGAAGAAAGGCAACUUCUUCGUGAUGAAAUCCAGAAAAGCGUCGAAAAUGGCGGCGAACUUAUCGAUGAGAUUUCGGAGAAGAUCAAUGGAGCCGAUGUCACCAUCUACCGUAAUUAACUUGGUUGAAACGAAAGUUGAACUUUUAAACUUCAGGGCCAACGAAGAAAGUCGCAAUUCACACACAAACAGACUUUUUUGAAGCCAAUAUGCCUAGGAUUUUGUCCUCUCCUAUGCUCACUUCGAGCGCAUUUGUUCAUAGGUUUAUUUCAUUUAUUUUCGCUUCUCAUGGAAUUUUUUCAGGCUUCUCGGUGACAUGAAGGAAAGUGUGUAUACAAUGGAUACGUCUUGCAUGAUUUCCAGCGUCACGCCAGCUCUGAAGGAGAAAGAAAAGGACGAUAGCGUUGUUAGGUGCGGUUUUUUUUUCUUACAUUGAAACAGUACCGGAAAAAAAAAAUCAAACAGGACAAUUCAAAAAUAAAGUUUGAUUUCUUCAAAACGACCUUCAGAAAAUGGAAUAUUUUACUUUAGCUGCUUUCUUUUCCGUAAAGUCAUCGACAAAUGGAAAAUUGACCUUUGAGCAAAGAUUUAGCGAUGAAAUCAGACUUUGAAGGCAAAAUUCUCAACAUGAAAAAAAAAAUUCAUGCUUUUCUUCUUAAGAUCUGGUUUAUUUCUAGAUCUACGACUUUGUCCGACGAACAAGGCAAUAUUCUUUCUUCCACAUGCUCAACUCAAACCCGUAUAGGUAGGAACCAAAAUUACUAAUCUUCAUCAAGAAACAAUCUCUUUCAGGGAUGCAAAGCAUGACGAACAUGGUCUCGAUGCAAGAAAUCACAGAAGGCAGUACUGUCCUCGUCGUGUGGGAUGGACGUCACAACGCCUACAUACUUCUCUGGUUUGUCUAAGCAACCUAAAGCUCUAAAGUUCCUCUGAACUUUGCAGUCUGAGCUCUUUCCCUCACUUUGUCAAGGAGUCGUCGGUGCGCGGCUUGAACCUUCUCAACACGGACUCGAACACUCCGCGUCGCAACUGGGUCCUCGGUUGCGCUAAGAAGCUUGAUAUGUGCGUCAUAAGAAAAGCCGUCAACAGGUAUCAACAAAAAAACGUUUUGAAUUCGUUUAUCGAAGAAAAACCUUCAAAAUCAUUUUAUUCCAUCUGAGUUUUUGGUCGAAGGAGGAAUUUUUGAAAUUCUCUACUCCCAAAGCGUGUUCCAGAAAAACUUUUUUGAAUUACGUAGGGUCAUAAAAAGUUCAGCAAAAGUAGAGUAACGAAUAACCAUUAGUUUAAUUUCACCGGAAGUUUCAGCGCACUCAAAAUUUGAAAACUACUUUUUGAUUAUAUUGAACCGAUGCGGUUAUAAAAUCACAUUGUUGUGACUCUGUAGUGCCUUUGAAUAAUAGAAACAACACAUAAUAGAACAAUAUUUUCGAGUAGCGUCCAAAACGUUGGAGGUUUUUAGGUAUGUAAUUUCAAACGAGUUUUCAAAAGCUUUGAAAUUCAUUUUUAUGAAAAUCUCUUACCGUGUCCAACUCAUUUCUUUCACCUGGAAAGAAAAGAUUAUCGCCUUAUAUAACGUACUGAAUGAGAUAUUGCCAGGUGUUUUUCUGUAUUUAGAGCAAUUACCUCUGACCUAGUUUCCCGCGGAUUUGAUCAAACGAGAGGCUAUGGUUAGAUAUCUGGAGGUCUAGACUCUCUGGGGGUUUUUUUCCCGUGAACUAAUAUAUUUAUAUUUUCUGUGAAAAACUAAUAAAAAAACCUGAGAUAAAUGCCUUUUGACUCGAUUUUCUUGAUUAUCACAAAUUUUCGAUUUCCUAAAUGCUUAACCAGUAUCAGGUUUAAAAAUAAGUACCAUCAAAAAAACGCAUCUUUUAGAUAAAUCAGAACGCAUGACCAAAUUAACAAAGUAUCAUGAAGAUUAUUUCUGCGAUGGAUUACAAAAAACUGUAGAAGUAUACAGAAAGAGCUUUUUUUUUCAGAUACGGUCUUCCGGUGGGCACCAAGGUCUUCCGAGUCGCCGUCGACCCAGUGUCAAUGGACAGUCGUCCGGAAUCCGCGGCUUCCAAAGAGCCGAUCCUUUUCUCCGAUGCUUAA